AUGGACCUUGACAAUGGCCUUGAUGAUUUCGAUAAUUUCUUUGGCGCUAAGAAAACCAAGAAACCAGUAUCAAAAAUCCCCGAUCCCACGGAUGAUUUAUUUGGCUUAGACGAGGGCAAAGAUGACAGUCGUGUACCAGCUCCUCGUAAGACUAUAACAAAAUCGCUCGGCGUUAAAUCCUUACUUGCUGAUAGCAAGGCCGGAGGCGACGACGAUGAUGAUGAUUUGGGAUUUGAUCCGAAGAAACCCAAAGGGGGUUUGAGUAAAUCAAAAAAUCUUUUCGAUGAUCUAUUGACUCCCUUGGAGACCAAAAGGCCUCAAACGGCUGGACCACCUUCAAAGCCACCUACAAUUUCGAGGCAAUCAACUGAUACCACCACAGAUAAUUCAAAUAUUUUGCAGACUCAAGCAAGGCCAAAAACAUCGGCAGGACGUCGAACAUCUAAUAUACAAAACCCGGACCCGUUGGGAUUGUUUAGCAAAGAGAGGGAGGGAAAUGUUCCCAGUUCUUCGGGUAGGUCAACACCAAAAACUAAGAAGAAAGGUACGACGGCAGAUUGGUUGGGUUUAAAUACGGAAACGGAACCAGAGCCACAAACUGUGGCACCAAAACCCAGUACUCGGCCACAAACACCAAAGGUAAAUAUUCCACCACCCACAACAACGACACAGGAAGCUGCCGAAAUUUUACACAUACCCGAUGUUAGAGAAGAUCACUAUGAAGAUUCGGCAGAUGAAUUAUUGAACACGGAAAGACAUCCUGCUCCGUCUGCGGUACCACAGCAAAUGGAAAUAAAUCCCAAAGAGUCUCAAGAAAAUAUUGUUUUUGAUUCCACGGCCCAUAAUAUACGCCUGAUGAACACCAUGAAUCUGGAGGCCAAACAAAGUUUCACCGCCCUUAAAUAUCAGGAGCAACAGCUUCUGAUGGCUGCUCAAAUGAAGCAACAGGAAAAGGUCCUUAUGGAUAUGCAACAGCGACAGAAUAACCUUCUACAACAACAGGAGAGACAAUUCCAGACAUUGCUGCAACAACAAAUGCAACGUCAUCAUCAGCUGGAGGAUCUCAUCAAGCAGCAACAGAAUCGCAUUAAUACCCAUUUGCAUUUGCUAAUGUCCCAGCCACCGGUGAUAGAGAGCGGAUCCGUGACGGGGGAUUUGGAUGAAGUUGGUCCACGUUAUAGAGAGGAUUAUAAAAAAGAAACUAAGCAGGAAGAGAGAGAAGAGCGUAGGGAUAGAGAGAAGCAACACGAAAUGGAUGUAAUCCAACUGGAGGCGGAUAAUAAACGUUUGGAAUUGGAAAAUCUUCGAUUGGAAGAAUUGGUGGCCAAUACGAAAAAUAAUUAUGAAAGGGAAAUUGAAAUAUUGGAGAAGACCUAUAAAAAACAAAUCGAAGUCCUCGAGGAGCAUCUCUCAAAUCUCGAGAAACGUUUAAAAUCCGAAAUUGAAGAGCUACAAAAUUAUUUUCAAAAGAAAAUCGAUACACUGGAAGAGGAAAAGUCACAACUGAAACUGUCCUACACCGAAGAAAUUCAAAAUCUCAGACAAGAUCAUGAAGAUGAAGUUCGAAAAUUAAAAAAGAAUCAAGAAGAAGAUUUGGAAAUGUUGAAGGAGGAACAUCGUCGCAUGUUGGAUAAUAUACGACAGGCGAAAAUGUUGGAAUUUGCAGCGGUUCAAGAAAAUGGUUCUUAUCUCGAAUGCUUGCGUGUGGCCUCUUCCAAUCUCAGCGAAUUAACGGGUGGCCUCAGCGAACUCAAAGAAAAUAUGCAAAAUAAAAUUGACAAUUUACACUUGGAAAGGGAAAAGAAAUUGGAGGCAAGGGAGAAGCGAAUUGAAGAUGCCGAGAGGAGACUGAAGAUCAACGAAGAGUCCAAUGAGACGGAGAAACAAAGACUAAUGGAAUUGGUGAGCACAUUGGAGUUACAGAUGGCGAAAAUGUCCAAAGAUUCCGCAGAGGAGAAUUGGCAAUUGCGGCAAAAAUUAGCCAGCCUCGAUGCUGAGAAGGCUGCUUUUGCAAAGGAACGGGAAUUCUUUCGCGAACAAAUGCUUCGAGAUGAGGAGCGAAUAAAGAAGUUAAAAGAAUUACAACUCUUGGAGACUCAACGUAUGCAGACCCAAAUCCAAGAGGAACGAGCCCAGUUGCAGGUGGAAAGAUCGAAAUUUGACUUGGAAAAGCGUCUCCACGCCAAUACGGACAAUCAAAAGGAGCGCCAAGAAAUUGAGGCUGCUAUGCAAGUGGCCCAAGAUGCUGCCCGCAAGGCGGAUGCCGAGCGAGAACGUUACUACAAAAUGCAACGUCAGUUGGAACAACAAAAACGUGACCUUGCCGAUAAAGAACAUGCCCUCAGUGUCAAAGAAGAGGAGUUACAACAAGAACUUAUGUCCUACCGCAUGGCUGAGAGGGUGGCGCAAGAAACACAACAAAAAGCCAAAAUGGCUGAGCAAUUUUUUCACAAUAAAAUACAAAUGCUGCAGCAACGUAGUCAAGAAAUCGCCGAAAAAGAAUCGAACUUAUCUCAGGAACGUUUACUACUCGCUCAGGAUCGUAUUGCCCUGCAUGCUCUAAAGACGAAAUUGUCACAACAAAAUAAAUGUUCUCUUUGUCAGUUGUCACAGCAGAAUAAAGAUAUCUCGGAGAAUUUGCAGAAAAAUAUUUCCUUGGUAUACGAUAAGCCAUUGGAGGACUUCGAAGUGCCACAACAACGCCUUGGGAAUGUUAAUAUGGAUUUUAUGGGGCAAAGUAAUGCUGUGGAACGUUUACUGGAUGCCAAUAUUGCCGAUUCGUUGCGUAAAAUGACAGCUACCUCCAAUUUACAGGGAUGGGAAAUGCUACUGCUCGACGAUGAUCACAAGAAAAUGGUGCAGUCCAGCAAUAUGGGGAAUUCUGGAAAUAAUGGGAAAUAA